AUGGCAUAUCGAAUGCCCGAUCGCACGGGUUCGAAGCGAAGUCGGUCUCGAUCGCCCUCCUCGCGCCAUUCCCCAAAAGCCCCGCGCAGAUAUGACGAAACGGAUCGGUAUCGCGAUAGAAGAGAUGGAGAUGAGCGGGCAUCGCAGAACCGGCCUCGGAACAUGAGGGAUCAGGUCCGACUCAAUCAGCUUCAGGAAGACGAGCAAGUGCGGGAAUGGGUGGCGCAAGAGGACAUUUUCGUUCUCAAACAGGCGAAAAAGAAGGCAGAGAUCAGAGUGAAAGAGGGACGGGCAAAGCCGAUUGACUGGCUCACUGUCACGUUACGGGUGAUUGACCCGACAAGGAACCCCCUUGACGAUGAGAUUGCGGACUCGGAGCUCGAUAUAGUAGAUCCGGAUGGUGUAUUCGAGGGACUAUCCCAGGACCAGCUACUCGACUUGGAAAAGGAUAUCGACACAUUUUUGAGUCUUGAGAAGAACUCGCAAAAUAGGGAUUUCUGGAAGACCAUGAAAGUGAUUUGUCGAGACCGUCAGAAGACCACCGCCCCCGAAGGUCGUGCGCUUAGCUCUGUGGCCGCAGAUAUAAACAGAUUAUUGAGUCCUAAGUCUUACGAACAGCUACAAACACUUGAGAUACAGGUCAGGAAAAAGCUGGACUCCAACGAGCCUAUCGAUACCGACUACUGGGAGGAGCUUCUGCGCAGCCUUACUGUAUGGAAGGCUCGGGCGAAGCUGAAGAAAGUCUACCAGGCCGUUAUAGACGAGAGGGUUCGUGGGUUGCGUAAACAGCAGUCUGAAGAAGCUGCAUCUGUGCGGGCCAAGCUGGCCCCUCUGGCGCCAAUUAUCCAAGCAGCACCAGAUGCGGUUGAUAGCGGGGAAUAUCGUGAACUCGACCCUGACCCAUUGCUUCAAAUCCGACCGGAAGAUAAAGUCUUGGAGAUAGUGGACGAAGAUGCAUUCCUUAACCAAGUGGCUCGCGAGCGACAGAAGAUUUUGAAGAUGGGCUAUGUCCCUCUCCGUCAACGGCAGGCAGAAAAGCCAUCGGCGCUUCCCAUCAACCAAGCAACGACCGCUCCAAUUGCCACAGCCUCGACUCGAUUCUCCUCGAUUCCUAAUGAAGACUUCUCACAGGCAACCAAGGCGCUCUAUGAGCGAGAGUUGGCCAAGGGGGUCAGUGAAAACGAGGAGAUUUUUACCGGUGAGGAAGCUGUGAGCACAACUUCCCAGCCACAAUGGGCGAGCAAACACCGACCCCGCAAACCACGGUACUUUAACCGUGUUCAAAUGGGUUAUGAGUGGAACAAGUACAAUCAGACUCAUUAUGACCAUGAUAACCCGCCCCCCAAAGUCGUGCAGGGGUACAAGUUCAAUAUUUUCUACCCUGAUUUGAUCGACAAGACAAAAGCACCGACCUACCGCAUUGAACGAGAGCAUGGACGAAAGCGGGGACAAUCCUUUGCAGCGGCUGGAGAGGAGGAUACUUGUUUGAUUCGUUUUAUGGCCGGUCCACCGUAUGAGGAUAUUGCCUUUCGGAUCGUUGACAAGGAAUGGGAUUACAGCGCGAAGAGGGAAAGAGGUUUCAAGAGCACAUUUGAUAAGGGAAUUUUGCAACUGCACUUCCAAUUCAAGCGAAUAUACUACCGGAAGUAA